AUGGUCUUGAGCAAACGGAAAGCUAACGGCGAGUUCGUCGCAUGGGUUUCAAAGAGCUCAUCAGCGGCGGGCUCGAGUCCAGCACGCGCAUCAUCACCCCUCGUCAGUGUACAAGAACCUCCAGCGAAACGACAACGACAAGCAGCAGGGAACAAGAUCAACGAUGAGUUGACUCUGCCCUCCGUAGCGGGGUCAUCGACGCGUACUACAUAUUCAACAACGAGCGAGUCUUCUUUUACUGCUCGAGCAGCACCACUUCCGUCGCAACGACAGCGAAGACCCAAAUUCAACGACGAGUUAACGUUACCUUCCAUAUCGGCCCCUCCGGUGCAGGCUACUCGUGUUCUCCCAACACCAAGCACCUCGUCUUUGUCGGCUCAUGCUACCGCACCACCGACGAAACGCCAGCGAAAGGCGGUGAACAAGAUAAACGACGAGUUAACGUUGCCUUCCACCCUGGCACAAUCGCGUGGAUUGCCGUCGGGGUCAUCGCAGCCUAGGGCUGCAGCCAGCUCAUCCCAACCGUCAUCUGCGGGUCCGAGUUCGAGCCAAGUGCCACCAAAGGGCCGAAAGAAGAAGGAUCCCAAUGCCCCAGUUCCAGAAAAACGCGGCGCGAAGUUCAAGGCGAAGUGCCCACAAAACAUCUUGGAUCGCGUUGAAAGAGUUAGGGAGCAAAGGUUCUUCAUGAUCGAUAGAAGGAGGAACGAAGGGGAAUUACGCGAAGAAUUUAGCGUGUUGGGAUCAACUGGCAACGUAUACACCGUAACGAUCGACAAAACACCAAGGUGCAACUGCCCCGACGCUUUGAAAGGGAACCACUGUAAACAUAUCCUAUUCAUACUCAUUAAAGUCCUCCAAGUUUCACAAGUCUCGGGACACUGGUACCAAAAGGCCCUAUUAACAACGGAACUUGAGAGCAUUUUUGCGGAAGCACCUCUGGCGCCCAAUGACGUCACGAACCCACGAAUCAGGGAAGCGCACGACAGGGCCCUUGGGAGAUCAACCGCAGUAACGCCCGCUCCCCAAAACAAGAAACGUAUCCCUGGCAAGGAUGACGAUUGUCCCAUAUGUUAUGACGGGAUGCACGGCGUUGCGGAGACGGCUCUUGUUUUCUGUGAGGAAUGUGGUAACGCGUUGCACAAAGAGUGUUUUGGGCAAUGGCAAACGACGAGCGUGAAUAGUGGAAAGGAGUUGAAUUGCGUGUGGUGUCGAGCUCGAUGGGUUGUCCCCGGCACUGCCGCUGGUGUUGGCGUGCAAAGGGAAGGAGGGUAUUUGAAUCUUGGAGCCGUGGCGGGUAUCAGCCCUGCCCGGGAUACCAGUACUUAUUACCAUGGCCCACGUCGCGGACAAAGGUAUUACGGGGCUCAGGAAUACUAUGACGACUUCUGAUGCCCGGAUACGACGAUUUCUUUUGACAAUUUAGAGAAUUUAUUCUUGUACAGAUUUGUUUUAGCAUCUUGAUAGUUAUACAAGCCUUGAUUAAUUGAUUUGUUAGCCGCUCA